UUAAAUGUGGAGAAAAAUGAUUUAAAUAGAAAGUUCCAUUUGUGUGCUAUAUUACUGAUUUUAUUUUCUUCUGUGUUUCAAACAAAAAAAACAAAAAAUCCCAGGUGAAUCCAGAUCUACGUCAGACUCGUGGAUGGAAAGGUUACAUGUUUAAUUUAUUUGUUUUGUAAAGUGUGUCUGCAGGAAUGCAGUGAGUGUGAGGCAGCUCAGGUCAAAGUGGUUCCAGCAAAUCCUCUCAGCAGCUCCUUUAAUUGGUUCAUUAAACGCCUGAGCACAGAGAUAACAGAAUUUCACUGCAGGAAGUGCCCGAGCGGACUGGCUUGAUCAGGACAGGUGGACUUUCCCCUUUAUGCUCUUGAGCUUCCUGGAAUACGAACUGUUCUUUCUUUAGUGGACCAACACAGAAGGGCUGACUCCCAGGAGCUGCUCCUGCUCACACUGCUUGGUCUGCCUCACCAGAACUGCUUCUUUUUUGGAUCAGGUGUGAGAAGCACUUUGAAGGCAGCUUAAAGAAAUAACGUGAAAAAAAGCGAAAAAAGAUUAUACUGAAGGAUCUGAUGACGAGCUACAGCAGCAGAGGGGUCUUCAAUGCCGCCUAUCACGACAGUGAGACGCUGGAAAUGGACAAAAGGUCUUGGAGUAACGCCCCCCACACAAACCCGUAUGCCAGAGAGGAGCCCGUCCGGUGGGGAGGGAGGCUUGGGGGGGGAGAUGAGGCCGCCUGGGGGGCAUCCAGUGGGGGCUUGCAGGAGGAGAGCCACCCAAUGGACCACAUCCCCACAGGAGCAGGGGCUCCUUCAUUCCCACAUCAUCCCUAUCACAACAAGUUUCAAGCAGAUAAUCUGUACAAUCAGCCUCCUCAAGCUCGACUUCCUUCUUUGCUAUCAGACAACAUGACCGUGAGACUGAGAGGACUAGCAAUGAGACGAAUGAGCAUGUUUCCUCACGCCAGUCCUGCUGAUGUGGAUGUGACUGAGAACGCCAUCAGGGAGGAGAUGGAAAACGAUGAACAAAACCUGGUGAAGGAGCUUGUUGGCAUGUCCACUCUAGAACAAACUCGGGCCAUCCGGGAGCUCACAAUGAGCUUUGAAGAGAAGAAGAACAUAAGGAAUAAAGUGAUGGCGUUCAGAUCGGUCAAGAAAUCCCAUGAAUUCACAUGGUUUGCAGAAUUAUCCGAAAAUGUAUCCCUGAAGGUGCAGUUACACUAUGCGAUCGGCCAGGCAGGCGCUGGAACUGUGGCACGGCAUCAUGAAGGAGAUUGGAGGAAAGUUUGGCACCAGCGUUCUCACCUACUUUUUGUUUCUCAAGUGGCUUCUCCUGUUCAACAUUUUCUCCUUCGUGGUCAACUUCAGCUUCAUCACCGUCCCUCUGCUCGUUUAUGGCCCCAACAUCACUUCCAACGUGAGCUUCAGAGGACUGGAGUUACUGACUGGAGCUGGUUACUUCACUCACACUGUCAUGUACUAUGGUGCCUACAGCAACGAAACCCUAAGGCAUGGGGUGGAGUACAACCUACAGCUGGCUUACUUCUUCACCAUUGUUGUGUACAUGGUGCUGUGUGGCAUCGCCCUGACAUUCAGGAGUCUCUGUCAGAAAAAGCCCAGCAGAAGCUGCUGACACUUCGUGAAAAGCUAAAGCACUCCGGGAUUCAUUUGGGCUCCUGGCUCGUUUCCACCGCACUGGUUGCUGGUUGUGCUGCCAGCAUCUUCUUUCUCUGCCAGUACGAAGAAAAGUUAUUUUCUCAGUGGGGGCCAGGCGCUUCCAGCUUUUCACUGCAGCAGGAGGCGGAGACUCUGCUCGUCCCCUUUGUGGUGUCUCUAAUGAACCUGGUGAUCCCGCUCUUCUUCUCCCUCUUCAAUAAGUUUGAACACUACUCAAACAACCGCAGUCAGAUUUACAGCCAAGUGGUCAGGAACGUCUUGCUCAGGAUGUCCAUUCUGGGAGUUCUGUGCUACCACUGGAUGAAUGAAGUGUCUCAGAGAGAAUCCUUUCUGUGCUGGGAGUCCAUGGUGGGCCAAGCUCUCUACCGUCUGGUCAUUGUUGAUUUUUUAUUCCUGAUGCUGGGAUCUUUCUUCGGGGAGUUUCUCAGGAAUGUGAUCGGAACCAAGCUGCAUCGGCGUCUUGGGCCGCCAGAGUUUGAUGUUGCCAGGAAUGUCCUGGAUCUCAUCUAUGCACAGACACUGGCCUGGAUUGGACUCUACUUUUCUCCUCUUCUACCGAGCAUCCAGAUUCUCAAGUUCUUCAUCUUGUUUUAUUUGAAGAAGGUCAGCCUGACCCAAAACUGCCAGCCUCCGUGUCGAACCGGCAGGGCAGCACAGAUGCAAACCAUCUUCAUCUUCCUCCUCUUCAUCCCCUUUUAUGUGGGAGCCAUAUCGAUAGUUGGAUACACCGCCUGGAGUCUGAACCCCUCCCAGAACUGCGGCCCUUUCCGGGGCCUAGAUAGAUCCUUCAGUGUGGUUGAACUCUGGAUGGCCGGUCUGCAGACCCUCCCAGGUUCUGGCUGGGCCGUGUGGAUCUUCGAAAACAUCAUCAAAAGUGAAAUCUUCUACUUUCUCAUCACUCUCAUCAUCCUGGCGAUCACAUACGUCUUCUAUCAACUUAUUCAAGGCCGCAAGAUGCUGAUUGACCUCCUGAAGCAGAGGAUUGUCAAUGAAGGAAAAGAUAAGUCCUUCUUGUUAGACAAACUCCAGAACCUGCAGAAGUCUCGGCCAAAGAAAGACACAAAGCAUGGCAGGAGCUCACAUCCACCUUCCUUGGAUGGCUCCUCUGGAAGUCAUUCCAACGCCUUGCAUCAGGCUCUUCUAGCUCGUCAGCAGGCUGAGCAAGAGGAGGCUAGACACAGCGAUGGAGUGUCUGUUCCCGCCGACAUUUCCACCUCCAGCGCGCUGAUGCAAGCCAUGCUGGCCCGCCAGAGGGCUGAAAGAGAAAGCGAGGACUUCCAUCGGAGGCUGGAGGACCCCCCUACAUCCCUCAGUGCGCUCUCACUAGCUAUGGAAGCCCGGCAGAGAGCAGAAGGUGAAAUGGUGCAUGAUAACUACAGGGAGGAAAGUGUCUCUACCGCUGUAUCGCAGGCCAUGCAGGCAAGACUGAGAGCAGAGGAGGAGCCGACAGUGUCGAACGCCAUGAUGCAGGUCAUGCAGGCGAGGCAGCAGGCAGAGCAGGAGGCCGGGAUGCAGUGGACUGAUGUUCAGCUUCAGAAUCCGGCUGAGCCAGGCUCAGGCGCCUUCAUUCAGGCCACACAGGCAAGACUGAGAGCAGAGGAGGAACCGCCUGCGUCGAGCAUCAUGAUGCAGGUCAUGCAGGCGAGGCAGCAGGCAGAGCAGGAGGCUGGGAUGCAGUGGGCCCAUGUUCAAACACAGAACCCAGCUGGGCCUGGCUCCAGCCCCCUAAUUCAGGCCAUGCUGGCCCGACAACAAGCCCAGAACGAGUAUGAUGAUGGUUACUGAGAAGUCGGGGGGCUUCCACACUCCACCAGCUGAGUAACACAAAGUCUACCAAGACCAAAGACGCUGAAACAAUAAGACAGCAGCACAGCCUGAGAGGGCAGGUCCAUCUCACUUGAUUUAAAAAAAAUAUAUAAAACUGUCACAAAACGAGCAGAUGGCUGGUUCCAAUUGCAGCAUGUUUAUUAGCACAGCUAAAAGUCUACAAACAAAACAGGGCCAGGAACUCAGAAGAUUGUGUCUGGAUAUAACGCUCAGUAAUGCAGGCAGAGUGGCACAAACAAUACUUCACACUUAUGGAGGCUCAGUGCAGUGCUUAAGUGUACUGUGAGUGAUUGGGAGACGAGAGACAGGUGAGCGGCAUCCAGAAACUGCACUCUGGGGUUGCUGGGAGAUGUAGUGCAGUUAGUACUCUGGUGACCAGAGAGGGAGACGAAGCUCUGACUGCUGACAGUAACUAUACUUUAGGGAAAGUGUUCUUGUUAUUUUUUUACUAAGAAGUAAUUUUAAUUUUAUUCUAGUGCCAUUUUUCUAAAAACAAAUGUAAAAAAUUAUUGUAAAUAUUAUAUUGGUUUAAAUGUUAAUAUCUAUAUUUUUAGACAAAUCCUCAAACACUGUAGAUGAUGAACUAAAAACCUUUUUAAAAGUUUUACCCUCGGAGUAACUGUGCUUUUUGUUUUCAUGUAGAGAAGUGAAGUUUAAACUAGUUUCAUAUUUAUUGGAAAACUCUCCUGAACAGAUAUUAAAAAAAGUUUGACAAGAUAAUGCUGUUUCAUGCAUAUCAUGUGUCCUAACCAAUAAAAAAGUUUUUUUUUCUAUGA